UUUAUGGGUCUAGCCCCCGUCACAUGACUGGGGCGUCGUCUCAAGCCCCAGUCACAUGACAGGUGACCAUGGCUUCAUCUCCCUUUUGUUUGGCUGGCACGAAGUUCGAGUUCAUACAAAAAGCUUCCGGUUCCUGUAAUAUCCAAGGAACGGCCGCAAUUCUGCCCAAGCUUUUGAACGGUCUUCGGAAACGACUGGAAUUGCACCUGGAUUACAGUUUGAUGUAGAGCCCCCACUCCCAGCAACACGCUCAGGCGCAUUCCUUUGGCUGAAAUAGCACCAUCUCGUAUCCUAUCUGGAACUGUGGAUAGGGUAUCUGUGUAGGGGGGGAAGUGUUAGAGCAGGACACCCUGGCCCAAGGCAGCAUAGGUGGGGGGAAGGGUUACAGCGCAACACCUCGGCACAAGGCAGCAUAGGUGGUGGGAAGGGCCGUAGAGCCCAGCCGCUUUAUGAUCGUGUGCAGAUCUGCGAGGGUUGAGGCUGCCCUGGCCACAGAUCUCCAGAAUGAAGGAGGGGCUGCUGAAUCACGUGGUCCUGGACAGGGGGGCAGGGCAGGAGGACGUGGCCGGGGACACCGCCGCACAGCCAAACCAAAUGGCAAGGGGACUGGCGCUAAUGAGAGAACCGACUGAGGAGCCAAUGGGAGAACGGACUGAGGUGCUAACGAGAGAACCGAAAGUGGCGCUAUCGAGAGAACCGUCAGAGUCCCUAACGAAAGAACCGUCAGAGUCCCUAACGAAAGAAUGGACUGAGGAGCUAAUGGGAGAACGGACUGAGGCGCUAAUGGGAGAACGGACUGAGGAGCUAAUGGGAGAACGGACUGAGGAGCUAAUGGGAGAACGGACUGAGGCGCUAACAAAAAAACGGACAGAGUCGCUAAGGAGCGAGGACACAAACGAUAGCUUGGACAAUGGUUUGGAGGGGACGUCGGAAGGGUCCGUCCUGCUCGAGAGCAAGGCGCCCUCGAUUACCACAGACUCUGAGGAACUCCACCCUGCUGCACCCAACUGCACGGUGGAACCUCCAAAGGGCGCAGACGCGGAUGGAGCCCAAGAGCCCCCGGUGGACUGGCUGGAGCCGCUGGAGGAAGAUGACGAUGACGACGAGGAAGAGGACGACAGGCAUAGCUGGGAGCUGGAUCUGCUCUCGGGGGAGAGGAGGGUGAACGGAAAAGGGGAGGCGGAGGAGGAGAGCCUGGCAGGAGAGAGCGAGAUGAGCGGAAGUGUGGCGGGGAGCGAGAGAAACUCCGCCACCAAGGGCAGCAAGAGCGGUCUGGUCGUCCGGCGUCGCCGGCGAAGACGGCAGUCCAUUGUGGAUGAGGAAUGGGAGGACUGGCCCGUGCUGGGGGAGGGAUGGAAACGAAAAGAAGUUUUCCGUCGCUCUGGCUUCACCGUGGGCAAGACGGAUACGUACUACAUGAGUCCGCUGGGAGACCGCUUCAGGAGUAAGAUCGAGCUGGCCAAACACCUGGCAGGCACCAUCGACAUCUCUACCUUCGACUUCAAAUCCGGGAUGUUCCUGGAUCUGGGGACCCUCAGGAAGAUGAGGAAGCUGAAAAAGUUUCGUAGGAUGUCCCGCUCUGCGCGGAAGGGGCCGUCAUCCCCCGAUUUCACCAGCACCCCCUACAGGCCACAAAAUGCACAGCACAGGAGAACUCCGCCUCCCCAGCCCCUGACGGGACGGCCCGGCAGCAUCACCACUCCCCCACGGCCCGCCCCUCCCAACCUCACCACACCCCCGCGUCCCGUCACCACGCCCCCACGCCCCGCCCCUCCCCACCUCGGCACGCCCCCGCGCCCCGCCCCUCUCCACCUCAGCACGCUCCCAGGCCCCACCCCUCCGUUUGCCCCCAGCGGCCUCAGCAGUACCCCUCACUCCCCCCUCCACCAUUCCCAGAGGCUCCGCCCAAUACUCAAACAGGAGGCGGGACCCCCCGACUGCACACAGCCCGAGCUGCCUGCUCCUGGCUGCUCGAGCUGUGGUGGCCCCGUUGCAAGCAGGGAGCUUUGGAGAAAACGCCCGUCGUCCUUGUGUCUGAAGUGCAAGGCAGAGAAGAGAAAAGAUGACUCUCCAAACAUUGUGUUCCGGAAGUGGUUGCCCUGCGGGCAGUGCCGGGCUUGCCUGGUCACAAAGGAUUGUGGGAUGUGUGCUAGCUGCAGGAAUGGACAGUUAAAACGUGACUCCUACAAACCUGUGCGCUGCCGGAAACGCAAGUGUCUGUGCCCCAUCCGCAAGAAAACUGCAAAGGAAAGAUUAGCUGAGAAGGAGAGGGAGAAACCUGUGAAACUGGAAGAGCCGUACGUAGCUCCAGAAGUGAGCAAAGUGAAGCCUUGUUCCGUGAACAAGGAGAGCGAUUCAGAAUUCAUCGUCUGUAUUGACGGUGAGGACGAGGACGCGCAUGAGGAAGAGGAUGAAGAUGAGCCUGUGCUCCUGAGCCGCCUCGGCAGGGCAUGCGGGGGCUGCGCUGGCUGCCUGCGCUCCGCCGACUGCGGCUACUGCGACCGCUGCGGCGCCCGGCCCGGCCCGACCACGCGCCGCAGAGCCAGGCCGCCGUGUCGGCUGCGCCGGUGCCAGAGGCCCGCUAGGUUGGUCCAGCGCGUAGCCCACGAAGGUUGGAUGGGUCUAGGCCGCCCGCGACCCCACUACUCCAGCAGCCACUGGGGGAACCAGCACAAACGCAAAGCAUUCUGGGAAGCCUUGGAGUUCAGCGAAGAGGAGGAUGACGACGAAGACGUCGCCGGUGCAGGAAGACCAGGGGACUACAAGCUGCAGCAGGAUGUGGAUAGAGACGCCAGUGUUUGGACAUCCCAGAACUGUUUCAAGGCUGACAGCCGAAGGGUAGACAUUGAGAAUGCAAACAGAUCCUCAGGAGGAGUUCCUGACACCGGCCACUCGACCAGCAGCGUCUGUACCCUGGCGGAGGGGGCGGAGGCCGACGGGGAGGCGCUGGUAGACGAGGGGGCGGGCGUGCCCUGGGAGCCGGAGCUGCAGGGCCUCCUGGAUGCGCUGCGCAAGAUGGCGCUGCCGCCCCACUGGGUGGGGCUGCUGGGGGAGGGGCCGAGCCUGCAGGUGCUGCAGUGCUCCAGGCGCUCCACCAUGGCCGACACGUCGCUGCUCAUCGACUCGGGCUUCUUCUACCAGAUCAGCGUGCAGGGCCAGCCGCUGCUGCUCACGCACCCGCUGUACCGCGAGCACCCCCGCCGCCUGCCCACCGUCGCCCACGUGGUGGCGCUGCUGCUGGACCUGGAGCGCUACGCCGUGUGCCAGGGCUACCCGGCCCCGGGCCCCGGCCCCAGCCCCUCCCCCGGUCCCGCCCCCGCUCCCGCCCCCUCGCCUUCCCAGCAGCCCUUCGUCCCCGUGCGCGCCGCCGUCUGCGCCUUCCUGGUGCUGAAGACCGAGGAGCGCUGCGAGCACUGCAGGGACGGGGCCCGGGGCCCCUGAGAGAGAGACGCACACCACACACACACACACGUACACACGUACCACACACACACAGACACACUCUGGAAAUACCCACAGAUACACACACACGUACUCACACAAACACACAUGCACACACCAUACACACAUACUCCCUCACUCACUCAGAAACUCGCUCUCUCUCACACAUACACGUGUGACGCACACACACACAGUUGCGGACUGUUCUUUUCUACACGGCUCCAUUCCAGCUGAUGAUUACUGAUGUUUUUCCACUGAAGACCAUAAAUGGAUCUGCGUUCCGUCUGAAGACCAGUGAAGUGAGCCGUUUUCAGAACCCUGAGAGAACCCUGAGGGAACCCUGCUGAACCGACUGCCCUGGCUCUCCCUGCCCUCGGGUCUGCGCCGGGGGAGACCACUGGGGGGCGCUCCUCCCUCACGCGGAUUGGACCCGGCCUGUACCCAUCAGGCUCUGCUCUGUUAGCGCGCGCUCUGAGGCCGACGGGACGCGACGCUGCCUCACAGCUGGAACGCGCGGCUGUGGGAACCCGACCCGUCGCCUCUCAGCGUCCCUCUAGCUGACCCGCGUCACGCAGAUCUGCGGGAAGGGCUUUGAGCCACGGAGUUUAUCACUGUUGUGGUGGGGGGGAUAAAGAGUACCUUUGAAUGGGAACUUCAAUAUCAAUUAGCCUUAAAGCCUUUGGCGAGAGGCUCUUUACGUUUCAUGACUGGUUUUUUUUUUGUUAGUUUAUUCUCCUGUUUUCGAAUUUUGUACCAAAUCCCCAAAUAAAUAAUCUAGGAUGGA